UGAGGCUCAUUCUGCCCUCGAGCCCACCAGGAACGCAAGAGAGCUCCAUCUGCCCUCCAGGACCCCAGCUAUGAACUCCCUCUCCGCAAGCGCUUUCAGUCCAGUCGCCUUCUCCCUGGGGCUGCUCCUGGUGAUGGCUACUGCUUUCCCUACCCCGGGACCUGUGGGAGGAGAGUCCCAAGCUGAUGCCACCUCAAAUAGACCACCACUCACCUCUCCAGACAAAAUGGAAGAAUUCAUUAAGUAUAUCCUCGGCAAAAUCUCUGCACUGAGAAAGGAGAUGUGUGACAAGUAUAACAAGUGCGAAGACAGCAAGGAGGCACUGGCAGAAAACAACCUACAUCUUCCAAAACUGGCAGAAAAGGACGGAUGCUUCCAAUCUGGGUUCAACCAGGAGACCUGCCUGACAAGAAUCACUACUGGUCUUCUGGAGUUUCAGAUACACCUGAAAUACAUCCAGGCCAACUAUGAGGGUAAUAAGGAAAAUGCCAACUCUGUGUACAUCAGUACCAAACUCCUGCUCCAGAUGCUGAUGAGAAAGGUAAAGAGUCAGGAUGAAGUGACCACCCCUGACCCCACCACAGACACCAGCCUGCAGGCUAUCCUGAAGGCGCAGGACGAGUGGCUGAAGCACACAACAAUUCACCUCAUCCUGCGGAGCCUUGAGGAUUUCCUGCAGUUCAGCCUGAGGGCUGUUCGGAUCAUGUAGCCUGGGCAUCUAAGAUUGCUGUAGUUCAUGGGCAUUCCUUUCUCUGGUCGGAAACCUGUCCAUUGGGCACAUAACUUAUGUUGUUCUCUGUGAAGAACUAAAAGUAUGAGCGUUAGGACACUAUUUUAAUUAUUUUUAAUUUAUUGAUAUUUAAAUAUAUGAUGUUGAGUUAAUUUAUAUAAGUAAUAGAUAUUUAUAUUUUUUAUGAAGUGCCACUUGAAAUAUUUUAUGUAUUCAUCUUGAAAAAGUUAACAUAAAAUGCUAUGCGGCUUGAAUAUCCUUGAUGUUUCAGAGCCGGGUCAUUUCUUGGAAUGUGUAGGUUUACCUCAAAUACAUGGCUAACUUAUGCAUAUUUUUAAAAGAAAUAUUUAUAUUGUAUUUAUAUAAUGUUUAAAUUGUUUUUAUACCAAUAAACACCUUU